UAAGACCAUUUAAUUUUUUCCCCCCUCUGGCAUAUGGGUGUGUUCUGGUGUUAGGGCUUUGGUUUUGCUAGUAUUCUUUGGCAUAUUUGCGAUGUACUGGACUGUCAAUCAGACAGGCACUGUACAGAGAUAAGAUGGUAAAUGGCAUUUUCUUCCUUUUAUUAUCCAAAGUCUCUUUUUUUCUGUUUUGAAUGUAAUUUAUUCCAGUUAUCUAUAUUCGCUCUAAGCAUUAAUAAAAGUUCAAAUAUAAACUCAUUAAAGCUAACCUGUGUAGGUGCAUUUCUCUCACUAAGUUCCCAGCAUUAAAAUUUACAUAAAAUGUUUCUGACAUUUUAAAUUCAAUUCAUACACAGCUUGGUUUAUUUGCUUGACUGAAUAAAUAAUGCUUGUAAAAUCAGGAUAGAAAUAAUUUCCUAAAGACACAAAUAAGAUAGAGUACAUGCUUGAAAUGAUUCCAUACAAUGCAGCCUGUAUGCCACAUGUGUCUGUGUUUAACUGUGUUAGUAUCAGAAACUUGCCUGUCAACUUUUUCUUAUGCCUUCAGCUUAAACUGAAACAGAAGAAAGCACCUACAGGUGACAAUUAAAGCAUCAGAUAGGGUCUUUUUGGUGACUUGUAGCAAUACUCUAGGCUUUUUUACAACACGGAUCAAAGUGCAAACCAAUUAUGCCAGUGUAGUUAAUGUUCUGCCAUGUGGUUUUGUUUGUGUGAGGCCAUCAGACACUUCCUUUAAUUAAUGUGUCACUGUAGCACAUGCAAUAAGGCAGAUGGUGCAUGAAAGGGAAGGUAAGUGCAGCUGAUUGGGGUGGGAAGGGAUCUCUUUGUAAUAUGAGAAAGAGACCAAGUGAACUUUGGAUCUCUCAGCAGGCGUUGCCCUAGGACUGCUCCAGCAUUGUCACCUUAGUUGCCACACAGGUCUGGUUGGUAACCGCGGUGAUGGUGAAUAAUUGAGAGGGUACAGCCAGACAAAUGCAGAGCAUACAGGAAGAGCUAGACAGAGAGAAAGAAGGAGAAAAUAAAAUGUUCAGAGACAUUAAACUAAAUUGUUAAACAUAUUAAAUUUGUUGUUACCACCAGGCUACACCCAUUCAGACACAUUUACUAACACUCGGUUAUGGAGGUUGACGUGGAUGAAGAUGACGAGACUUUUAUUAACAUCUCACUGGCUGAUGAUUCAGCUGAAGGGGAACAGACAGCCCAGCGUUACAUACCAUUGGACCAGUAUAGCACCAUGAACUGUGACAUUGAUGGAGAUAUGGAGAAUCAAGUUGAACAAGAAGAGAAGACAAGACUCAUAAAUCAAGUGCUGGAGCUUCAGCACACACUUGAGGAUCUUUCUGCACGUGUGGAUGCGGUGAAGGAAGAUAACCUUAAGCUCAAAUCGGAGAAUCAGGUUCUUGGGCAAUACAUUGAGAAUCUUAUGUCUGCCUCCAGUGUAUUCCAGACCACCGACACCAAAAGCAAACGGAAAUGAGUGACCAUGUCUGGCCACCAUUCACUUGCAUUGAAAUGACCUACAGAGCUGAAAUAUUCUUUUAAAAAUCUUCAUUUGUAUUCAGCAGAAGAAAGUCAUACACAUCUGGGAUGGCAUUAGGGGAAGUAAAUUAUCAAAGAAUUUUCAUUUUUGGGUGAACUAUCCCUUUUAAAACUAUCCCUUUACCACAUCUACACCAGUCUUUCACUUUUGCUUUGUAACACCUACAUUUCUGUACUCUGUACUUUUCUAACCAAUUUUGGGAUUUUGUAUAGUAGCACUUCUCAAGUUACGGUCUCCUCAGGAUGAAUCGCUUGUGUUGUAGCGUUCCUCAUUUGUAAGUCACUUUGAAUAAAAGCGUCUGCUAAAUUAAUACAUGUAAAAUAUAAGUGCUAUGUAAAUGUGUACAGGCGGCUGUUGUCUUGAUAUCUGUUUCACUUCAAGGUGCUGUAAGCGAUUUUAGCGUUCUGUAGAUUUCACGUGACCGAGCCGUUGAAUUAGCCACGCCCCCCUCAUUCCAAAACCCUGCCCUCCACAGAUAAUUUUGAGACCAAAACCAAGCAAAAGAGCAGCAUUGUUUGUUCCUGUGGCUGUCAAAUUCAACAGUGGCACAAUAGUGCCCUCAACUGACAAACAUUAUGAAUCAUUACGCUAUGAGAAUGAGCAAAAUGAUUGACAGGUGGACACAUUUUUGUUUGCUGUUUACAAAGUCUACAGCUGUCACAGAGACCAGUGAGAUAUCUCAGGACACUUAUUUCAUUAAUAUCUUUAAAGGAGUAGGAAAUUACUUUUUUGCAUACAUUUCCAUUAAAAAAAAAUAAAAAAUCGCUUUCAGCACCUUCAAUGCAGUAAGGACAUCUCUCUAUUGUGAUAAAAAUGGAUAAUGUAAUGGAAUAAAUAUUUGAUUCAAAUAAAUACAUUUUAUUCCAAUAAAAAUACAGCAAAAAUAUUUUUUUUUCCUUCUUCUGUGCAAUACUUAGUCUGCCAUGACAGCUGUAUUCAGAGUAUCAUUUUAUUCUAGAGCAUUUAUCAAGUGUUUCCCUUUGCAUUCAGUGGG